ACUCUGAACUUCCAAUUACGAAAACACGUCGUUAUUAUUGUUGUUCUGCUGCUCGUGUGCGUACGUAGUUUGCUCUGUGAAGUUGUCGUUUUCGAUUCGUGGUGAAAAGAGUGAAAACAGCGAAAGAAAUAUAUAAAUUUCCACAAAUUUUCAAAACAGAAGGAUAACAUGGCCCCUGUAAAAAGACGUUUAACUCGGUCAUCUGCAGUUAAAGGGGGAGUCGCAGGUUCGUCAAAGCCGUCUCCAGCGAAAAAGUCGCCACUUCCCAAGCAGCCAUUGAAAGCUCGUCGAGUCAAGAAGAACCAGCCAAGAAUUGAUGAGACUUUGAAAACUGGAAAAAGAGGCCGUCGUGCUAAGAGAGUUUUGAAGCAGAAAGAAAUCGAAGGUGCUAAUAGGACAAACCAAGGCUCAACUUUUACAAUUACUUCUGCUGAAGAUCAAAAGACAACUGCUAAGUUAAGCCAGAGCAGCUCCUCUUCAUCUGAUACGUUGGAGUUUGCUUGCCCAGGAGGAUCGCCAAAUUCCCCUCUCAGGAGCUUGGCAACAGCUCUUGCAGAUUCUGCCAAUGUAGAACCCCGUCUGUUAACAAAGAAGGAGGAAGAGCUCGAAAUUUUACGAGCGUUUGACAUCGAAGCAACGUAUGGAAGUUGUCGAGGAAUGUCUCGCCGAGAGAGAUAUGAGAGAGCUCUGCGGUUCCAGCUGAAACCAAGUCCGUCACCCAGGAUCUUGACUAUUCUAAAUCAGCAUAAGGAUGACCCUAAUUACUAUCUUGACUGGGAGACGUGCAUUUGGGACUAUGGCGAGAUGCGAAGCCGGCUUAGCCGUUGAGCGAGUGAAAAUGAAGAAUUCGGGUAUAAAAACUUGCGUGCUGCGAAAGUCGAUAUUCGUUAGUAGCUUUCCCUUUCUUUAUAGUACUUAUUAACGAUGCUUGCGUUAUCUUCUAGUUGAGUUUAAAGUUAUAUUGAAUGAAAUAUAUGUACCUGAUUCAUAUGUACCUUGUUCAUGUAUGGGUGCUGCAAUGAUACGAAGCUUUAGAUAUCUAAUAAAAUUUUUGUUACUUAAU